GCACCCUCGCCGCCAGCCCUCAUCGUUAUCCCUACUAGCUCGCUGCCAGUGGCAGUAAUAACCAGGUCUCGAUCGGAUAAUCCGAUCUGUAACCUAGCGCCUGACAGAUUAGAUAGAUAGAUCAGCUAGCCAUGAAUAUGAUCAGGUCGGUACGGCGCCGGUUCACCGUCGGCCACAUGGCCACGGCCACGGACCCUGCCACGCUCCGCCGCGCCGCAGCCGAGCUCCUCGCCACCGCCAUCUUCGUCUUCGCCGCUGAGGGCGCCACGCUCUCCCUCGGGAGAAUGCACCGCCAUGACAAGGGCGGCGGCGUCGUGGGCGGUCUGGUGGUGGUGGCGCUCGCGCACGCUCUCGCGCUCGCCGCCGCCGUGGCGUGCGCCGCCAACACCUCCGGCGGUCACGUCAACCCGGCCGUCACCUUCGGCGCGCUGCUCGCCGGCCGGAUCUGCCUCGUCCGCUCCCUCGUCUACUGGGCCGCGCAGCUGCUCGGCGCCGUCGCCGCCGCGCUCGUCCUCAGGCUCGCCACCGGAGGGAUGCAUCUGCCGGAGUACGCGCUGGCGGGCUGCGUGAGCGGGUGGCAAGCGGCGGUGCUGGAGGCGGCGAUGGCGUUCGGGCUCAUGCACGCCUACUUCGUCACGGUCAUGGACCACCACACGCGGAGGGUCCGCGCCGGCGCCGGCGCCGGGGCCGUGGCGGCGCCGCUCGCCGUGGGGCUCCUGGCGGGCGCCAACGUGCUGGCCUGCGGCGCGCUGGAGGGCGCCGUGAUGAAUCCGGCGCGCGCGUUCGGGCCCGCGGUCGUGGGCUCCCGACGCUGGGGAAACCACUGGGUGUACUGGGUCGGGCCCAUGGUCGGCGCCGGCCUCUCCGGCGUCUUGUACGAGCACCUCGUCGCCGGCGGGGAGGAGGCGGAGCCCGCGCCUAGCUGCGGCGGCCGCCGUCGUGAGUAGAAGACUUCAUACUGGACGUCGUGCGCGUGCCCCGCUCUCUGAUGAAGAAUCUUCUGAAUAAUAAGAAUAAAAAAAAAACAGCUUGCAUGCGUGCUCAGUUGUGUCUGUCAUCAUCGACCAUCAGUAGAAUGUUCCAUGUACUCUUAUACUUUUGUCGUUGCUUUGCUUCAGUGAUCUCGCUUCUGCGUUGAGUGUUCGAUCGAUCGAUCGAUAUUUAAGCAAUUUCUGAAAUCUCUUUUAUGUAUGUUUUUAGCCAUUUUUGUUCCUAUAACAGGCCAUUUUAGUGAUGAUAAUUUAUAUUUAACCUACA